AUGAGUCAAUACGCGUCUGUCCCCAAGUCGGAACUCGACGAGUCUCAAAUCCGCGAACUCGAGGAGUGGGAGAUCUCGCAGGGUCCCCUGUCUGUUCUCCAGCAGGCUGUCCGCAACAACAGCCAGGUGCUCAUCUCAUUGAGAAACAACAAGAAGCUCCUGGCACGUGUCAAGGCGUUUGACCGUCACGCCAACAUGGUGCUGGAAAACGUCAAGGAGAUGUGGGUUGAGACGCCCAAGGGCAAGAACGCCAAGCCUGUUAACAAGGACCGCUUCAUCUCCAAAAUGUUCCUUCGUGGUGACUCGGUGAUCCUGGUUCUGCGGAAUGCAGCAUGA